GUCGAUAGGGCAUCCCUCAAUGGAUGUGCAUAUAUAAAUUAGGAGUGAAUGAAAUGUUGUAAUUAAUUGAUAGCCUGCAGUAAUAAAUUGACAUUGGAGCGGCUCAUUUUGAACGACCCUGCAACGAAUAUAGCAAUAAAAUACAGAAUGUAUAAACAGACGUGCACCAACUUGCUAGACCUUUCACGAGUAGAGGUCAACGAUUGGCUAAAUAGUUUCGAUUCCGUUAUAUCUGAUUGCGAUGGUGUUCUAUGGGUAUAUGGAAAGCCGAUUGCCGGCUCCGUGAAUACAAUGAACCAAUUGAAGAAAUUGGGCAAAAGCAUUUACUUUUGCACAAACAAUUCGACAAAAACUCGCGGCGAACUCUUGGCAAAAGGUGUGGAUCUGGGUUUCCACAUCACCGAGGACAGUAUUAUAUCGACUGCCCAUGCAACGGCCGCCUAUCUGCAGAGGCGUCACUUUAGUAAACGGGUCUAUGUGAUUGGCUCCGAGGGCAUUACACAGGAAUUGGACGCGGUUGGCAUAGAUCACACCAGCACAGGACCGGAUGUUAUGCAGGGCAAUCUGGGCGAAUUUAUGUCGAAGCAUUUAAAGCUGGAGCCGAACAUUGGCGCCGUUGUCGUCGGCUUCGAUGAGCAUUUCAGUUUUCCCAAAAUGACGAAAGCCGCAUCGUAUUUAAGCGAUCCCAAAUGCCUGUUCAUCGCCACCAACACCGAUGAGCGGUUUCCGAUGCCUUCGCUGGUUGUGCCUGGCAGCGGCAGCUUUGUGGCCGCCAUCAAAACGUGUGCGGAACGUGAACCCAUUGUGAUUGGCAAACCAAAUCCGGCCAUUUGUGAGUUCCUCAUCAAGCAGAAGAGAAUAAUUCCCGAGCGCACUCUGAUGAUUGGGGAUCGUGCCAAUACGGAUGUGCUGCUGGGGUACAAUUGCGGAUUUCAGACACUGCUCGUCGGCACGGGCAUCCAUCAGUUGUCCGAUGUGCAGCAGUGGCAGGAUAGCACUAAUCCCGAGGACAAGAAAUUAAUACCCGAUGUUUAUUUGCCGAAAUUGGGUGAUCUGCUGCCAUUCAUUAUGGACGCAAUGGUGGUGGAAAAUAAUUGAUUUUAGUUUACAAUUCAAAUGUUAUUCGUCUUAUGUAUUCCGCUCAGGGAGGCCAUUAAAAUUAACAAUAGAUGGGAAUUUAUUUUAAAGAAAAAGCAUUGCAAUAAGUUUAAAUAGUACAAUUUACAAUAAAACAACAAUAAUUUUGUAAA